AUGAAAACAAAAUCAAAAAUUUGGUUAUAUUUUGAAAAACAUCCAAAUGAAGGGCUUUGUAAAAAAUGCGGCGAAAAAAAAAACAGCAAAGGCGGUAAUACGAGCAAUUUAAAAUCACAUCUGCGUUACAAACAUCCAAAUUUGUACUCAGAAUAUUUGAAAAUUGAUGGAAAUAGUACAAUUACUACAUCUGAAGAAACGCAAGAGUCCAAUAUUGAUGAUCCUGUUUUAAUAAAUCUUCAAAGCAAUUUGGUUUCGGAUAGUCAGAGCAGUGAGGCAUCAAUCUCUACAAUCUCUAAAGACAUGCAACCGUAUAAUUCGGUAGAAAAAAAAGGAUUUAAACAUUUACUUUCCGUCCUCUGUCCUAGUUUUGAACCUCCUAGCCGAAAAUAUUAUUCUGACCAUAAAAUUCCUCAAUUAUACGAAGACGUAAAAAAUUGCAUUAAGGAAAAAUUAAAAGGUGUAUCGUAUCUUGCCCUCACAACCGAUUGUUGGACAUCAGGAAAUGGUCAUCCAUUUAUUGGAUUAACAGCCCAUAUUAUAAAUGAGGAAUGGGAAUUCGAAAAUUUUUGUUUGGCAUGCACUUCUUUGAAUAUCGAUCACAAUAGUUUUAAUAUUAAAAAUAGUAUCAAGCAAAUAUUACAUGACUGGGAUAUUGACGAAUCUAAGAUCGCGGGUAUCACCACAGAUUGUGGAUCAAAUAUUUUAAAAGCUGUUGAACUAAUGUCAUUUAAUCAUGUUCCUUGCUUUGGACAUGUUUUAAAUACUGGUGUUACAAAUGCAUUUUCCUUAGAACCUGUUAAAUAUUGUACUGAAAAUGCAGUAAAAGUAAGAUCUGUUUUCCACUACAGUUCCAAAAUGAAACGUGCAUUAUUAAAUGAACAGACAAAUUUAGAUCUUCCUCCUCUAGUUCCACCGUCAUCGUCUGACACUCGCAUAGCUUUAUUUUUAAGCAACAAUGUACCUUCUGAAACAACAUUAAAUGACCAAAAUAUUUUUGAGGCGGAAAUCGAAAAAUAUAUUCAAAUUCCCAAAGCAGACCUAGAUUCAGACCCUCUUGCUUGGUGGAAAAUAUAUAAAUCAGAGUUUCCGAAUUUAUCUUUGUUAUCAAGAAAAUAUUUAUGUAUACAAGGCACUAGCGUACCUUGUGAAAGAUUGUUCAGUUAUGGAGGUAACGUAAUUACUGAUAAACGUACAUCAUUGUCAGCGGAACAUGCUGAACAACUAAUAUUUUUAUCAAAAAAUUCUCAUUUGAUAGUUAACUAG